CAGAGCAGGAGACCGGGCCGGUGCCGCAGCAGAAUCCAAAUGUCAGAUGAGGUCAUGUCUUUGUCUCGGCGCUGCAGCUCUGCGGUUUCCAUUAACACGUUUGAUUUCGCCGCCGGGCUUUUCUGCGCAAUAAGCUGCUGUCUUUCUAAACCUCGCGGUGUGUUUUCAUUUUACAGUAUGCCCCUCUGUCCCUGAGACCCUUAACCUGUGAGGUCAAAGCAGGUCACAGGUGAGGUCCUCGGGAACAGGGCUGCAUUCAGUUUCAACGUUUUGCGAAAUUUCAAAAUACCUGACACUUUAAUCGCAUUUCCUCUGCUCCAUGAAGAGUCAUCUGGUUCAGCCCAAAGGAAGUGUCAGACAUUGCAGCAUCACAGCUUGUGUAAUAUUACAUCAAAGCUGCAAGACUGCUCAGACUGUUUAACGCCUGUCAUGGUACAAUCAAGACUUUUUGGUUGGUGCAAGAAGAGGACAACUAUCUCCUGCAGCCCUCUAGGGGGCCAACCCUAUUGGCUGCCUUUGUGUUAUCGCCUCUGAUCUGGGGCCAAUAAGAAGACAGCCGAGGGUUGUGACCCCGUCAUAUAUGUCAACUCUGGAGAUGAAGUUUAAAUUUCUCUUCAAGCUGGAGAAGAAAAAUAUUCUUUUUUUCUUUGUGUUUUAAUAAAACAUCAACUAAAGGUUUUACCUUUGUGCCUAUGAGUUAUUUACACAACAUUCCAUAUUGUCAAGGGAAACUAAUACAAACUUUGAAAUUUACCACAUGUAGAGAUUUCCCUCUGUGAUCAGCAGGUAAAAUUAAAUUUUCUUCCCUUUUCAUUAAAUCCAUCAAAGGAAGCCGUGCUGGCACCUUGGUGGUGUGUGAGAGGUACACACCCCUGUUGAAAUGCAAACUAUGACAAAUCAUUGCACUAUAUAUUUUCCAAAUGUAUUGACGUUUUCUCUACAAUUAAACUGAAAAUGAAACGAAUCCAUUAGAAGGAAAUAAAAUAAAAAGUUGACAAAACUUGGUUGCAGAAGUUGCUAGCUGAUAAGCUAAAAACUUUAAGCAUUUUUUGUUGUAAUUGUAUCUUUCAGACUAUCAGCAUGCUACAUCUUGACAAUGUUUUGCCACUCUCCCUGUCAAAAAUCACCCAACUUUAUCAGAUCCACAGACUUUUUUAAUAAAUCCUUACAUUUUCUGUCAGAUUUGGUUUUAAACUUUGGCUAAGUCCAUCCAAAAAUUUUAUUUUCUGUUUAUUUUGACCUCUAUUUGGAGUCUGUAAUGCUGAAAGACUAAAGCUUACUAAGACAUUUUAAGAUUUUAGGUAUAAACUCAUGGUAAUUUCACAUGAGUGAAAUGGAGCUAACAUUUUCAAAAAUGUUAGCUCCAUCUGAAGAAAAGUAACUCCAGAUCACAGUUCUGCCUCCAAUAUGUUUUAUUGUAGCCAUUGUGUUCUUUUGAUAAUGUUCUCAUGUUUUUUUCGUCAAAUUUAACUUUUGAUAUUGUGGCUCAAACUUUAAUGCUGGUUUCAUUCAACCAUCAGAAGCUUUUAGCAAGUUUGGAUGUCUUCUUUACAAGUUUUAUUUAUAAUUUUACAAUAAAACUUCUGAGUUCAGACACAUGGAGAACGUUUCCACCUCCAGAGUAAAACCAGACAUGAAAUUUACAGUUUUUGGCUCUGAUUGCGAUUCUGAAAAAUCUAUUUUUUUCCCAUUCAUUCCCAUUGAUGCAUUGCAACUAGAAAACUAGAAAUCUUCUUUUUUUUAAUCUUUUUUAGAAAACUCAUAAUAAUGAGAACGAGCCACAUGCCAGACACAAGCCUACAGGCACGACCAGAAAGACGCACACACACUCCAGUUUAUUUGGGAUUUUCCGUGUUCAGCCGUCUGACUAACAAUCGGACUUUGGCGGUCCUGGAGAACACUCUAGCCUGAUAUUGAUUGGCCUGUCUGCGCUGAGACAGAUGAAUGCAUUAGUACCCAGCUCACCCUGCCACUGGAAAUAUAUUAAGUUCAUGUAUUAGGCACCCUGUCUGGUUGCCAUGGAGAUGCACCAGGAGCGCGGGAUCGGGGAGAAGAAGGAUGGGGGAGUGGAGGGACGAGGAGGCGAGUGGGGGAUACAGGAUGCGAUGAGGCAGUUGAGUUGAUUUGUAGUCCUACUCCCUCUUCGUUUAUUUCUGUCUGUCACUCGAGCGUCCGCUCUUACCUCCAUCCCCUCCUCUCCCUUUGUCUCAUGACUUCAGUUUCUUUUCGCUUGAAAAAACUAUGUGAACUUUAUCAGGGAAAACAUUCAAUUUACACCCCAUCAAUUAAUUUUGUUCCUCUUUUGUUCUUCAUUUCCCCCUCUGACUGGCUCCCGACUCGCCAUCUGUCAAUUUCCACAGCUGUCUCGUUUAUUGAAAACUAAAUAAAAUUCUAAUUUUACUUGAAUUUUCUUGCCAACAUUCCUUUUUGCUUUGUCCUGACACAUACCUAGGCGUUUAACUCCCCUUUUAUCUGCCCCUCUCCCCCUCAUCUGCGCCACCUCCCUCCUCGGCUCACGCCAUCUCUGUGCUCUGCAGUAAAACUGGUGCAUUGAGGCAGCAGGAAAUGGGGAAUAGAGACAAUAGAAUGGAGGAAAUACAGAAGAUACUGUCUGCUCGCAGACCCAAACACAAACCCCACAAGCUCAUAGACAUUUGGAUGUAUGUCAAAUAUAUCUUUAAGGCUCUCAAGUUGUUCUUGCAACCUGAAGAAUUAGAAUUUCUUCACAUGCUGUCACCAUGGAAGCUGGAUUCGAAGAAAAACAAAAAAAAUUGCUCAGUUUGGAGCUCUUGCUAAAAAUAUGCAUGGCUGUUUUGUGGCUUGCAAGUGUUAGUUUGCUGAUUUGCCCCUCUCUGAGCUGCUAUAUCUGCUUUAUCAAGCCGCAAGUCAGCGCUCGGCUGUGCUCGGGUUACGUUGUGGGAGAAACUAACGUCAACAGCGUGGACGAAUGCUUCAGGAUGCUGGACCGCAUAUUCAAUACGAAUAAGAAAGUGACAGAGGCUGGAAGAGCGGCUGGAGGUUCAGAAGGCAAGCUGAAGGAGAUCCUAGAAGCAGAGAUCUUACCCAUAGUGACAGAGUUUCAGGCAAAGCGGAUUAUGGACACUGUGUAUGAAAGCAGGUUGCAGAAAGCAGCAGACAAUUUCAUUGCAGCUGCCUCCAAACUGCCUAGAGAUGAUAAGUGUAUACCUCCAUGUGGUUUUCAGAAUAUAGAUGCGGCGUACAACUGCGACACCUGCCAGUACGACUCCUGCUUAUUCCCACUUGACUGUCCAGUUGAAGAAAUUGAAGUAAUGGAGAAUGGAGGAAUCCAAAUGCAGUGCAACGUGCCAUUUGACGUACCAACUGAUAUUGAGGUGAUCUGGAGGUUUGCGGAGGAGUUCAGGACGCAGGAAAUGGAGCAGUUUAAGGAGGUGACUGCAGGACCCGACAGGCUUUACUCCAUUUCAUCAACCAGCUCUCAGCAUGAGGGCACCUACCAGUGUGAGAUUUUCUCAGGCACUCGAUCCAUUGUCAGGCUUUACUUCUACAUCACAGUGACCCCCCGGCCUGUGGCAGGCCACACAGCGCUGCAGGGGAUAUUUGACCUGUCUCUGCUCCCAAGAGGGCAGUUACUCACCGCGCCUGGUGCUGCUCCUCACUUCUUCCUCCACCUCCUCCUGCUUCUUCUCACCACCUGUUUAGCCUCUUCACUGCUGCUGCUGUUCAUCUCCCUGGGGUUCCUGUACUGGUUGUCGGUAUCGGAGGUAGACCAUCCUGUAGCAGAUUCGGAUGAAGAAGAUUAUUUUGGUGUUUCAUUGUUAGCAGUAUGAAAAAGAGCAACUUGUAUUAAAAAUGUACAUAAAGUACUGGAUAUUCUGUGAGACAUUAUGUCAUACUUGGAUGUAAAUGUGUGUGUAACUCUUCUCACCACUAGAGGUCAGGAUACACAUUUUUAUUAGAAUAAUUGACAAUGACUUUCUGUAUGCAUACAGCAUUAAAACAAGUUGUUUUAAUCAAAGUACAACAAAUUUUAGAGUAUAACAUGAGAUGUGUCUUUGUGAAAGUAUAGCUCAGUUUAUGCAUAUUUAAAUCUACUUACAUAAUUAAAAUAUUGACAAAAUGGUAGGUUUACCUGGAUUAAAUCUUGAAACUUUUGCUUGCUCCCCUAUCAUGUGCAGUGACACACCAGUGUAAAAAUCUGGUUGAUUACGUCUUUAAUAGCCUUGUUUAUUUCUGUUCAUUUCAUUUUUCCCCUAUUUUGACAUAUUCCAACUAUAAUAAGCUUUAUUGCAAUUCAUGUGAAAGAAAACAAAGCAGAACAAACUUGUGGAAUAGAAGGAACAUGGUACAUAAGUUUUAAGCUCAUUCAAAAAGUAUAGAGGCCAUUCGGAUUCAACUUCCUUUUCCUCUUUGCUUAUUCAGGUCACAGGUAAUGUAAUUACACACAUUACCUGUGUGUAAUUAAAUUUCAGGAUAAAGCCAGACAUUUUGUGAAAGCCUUGGAAGUUUUUUUUUUAGCGAAUGUAGGACAAAGAGCAUCAUGAGGAACAAAGAGACUAUCAGAAAGAAAGUUGGGGAGAAGAAUAGAUUAGGGUUAUAAAAUCCAACAAUAUCCUACGUUUCAAUAUUGCACACUUCAAUCCAUUAUCCACCAAAAUGUAAUGGCAUGACUGCAAACCUACCAAGACUUGGCCAUCCACCUUGGCCAGCAGACAGCAAAACAUUAAUAUAUAUAUGAUAUAUUUUCCUUUACCAAAGAUAGUUCGGCUCAUCAGAGUUGAUAGGAAAAUGUAUGGAGUUAAAUACUGGCCAGUCCUGGAAAACAGUGUGCUAAAGGCUACUAAUGAUAUAAUACUAAGUCAGUCACCUUCUAGUAAUAAACAUCCACUAAAUAUACAGCUAGAUAUAUAGUGGAAAGGUUUAAAUCAGAGUAGCACGUUCGUGGGUUGGAAUGGCCUUGAUGUUUGCAGACAUUUCUAAUCUGAUUUGACUGAGCCGAAGUUGUUUUGCAAAGAAGAAUAGAGAAAACCUUCAAUCUCUUGAUGAGCACAACUGGCAGACAUGUUCCAAAAGACUUUCAGCUGUAAUUCCAGUGAAAGGUGUCUUUAAAAGGUAUUGACAAAGUAUUCAAUCAUACAGACUGAAUACAAAUACAAGCUGCAAGGUAUUAGGUAUAUAUUUGUUAAAAAGAAAACAUUUUUCAAAUGUAUAUCACUUUUCAUCCAUCUUAUAAUUAAGUGCCACUACUGAAGUCUGCUGUUGCAAUGUAACAAAAUCUGAACGUUUCAGGAGCUGUUAAUAUUUUUGCAAGGCCCGGUAUGUUUUCCUAUUUGUUACUUAUUGGUUGUGCAUGUUUGUUCGGCCAUGACGUUUGUAUUUGCUAUCCUAAAAUGUUGUUUUCAUUGUUUUACUUAUCAGAUCAGUCAUAUCACCAAUGUAAGUCAAGGAGCCACAACAGACAGAGGCACUGAAUGAUAUGUGAUAACAUACAUGAGAGCGUGUGAUAAAGACAAGAUCCUACUAGAUAAAGUGCAGCGACAAAAUGCAUAAAAAAGUUACAGAGAUAGAAGUAAAA